AUGCCGAAAAACGAUCAUUGUCUUCGUCCCACCCACCGACAUGGUCCUGGUCGCACAUCCGCAGUGCCAUUCGGACUUGAUCAUCCCAAUUUACAAUCCCGCAAACGGCCUCAAGGCGCUUCCUCCGACCGCGUACAAUAUUUAGGCGACCUGUCAAGCUUUCAACUUUUCUCCAACAAAAUCCAACUCAAAGGCAACGAUCACAUUUUAUGGAGAGGAAAAGAACAUCUCAUUACAAAAUUUGGCGAACAAGUGGUUCUGCUUGAAGAUGAAGCCGCCACCGAUCACGGCAAGAUCCCAGCUUUAUUACCCGAACUUAUUCUGCCAAAGACGAGCGUUGAACAGUGGAUCUACGAUGUCACUGGUCUUGAUCGUCAUACCAGUGAUCAGUUACUAAAAAUCUAUUUUGCCAAUAUCCAUCCCGUGCUUCCCGUCAUCAACAAGACCGACUUUCUGAAACAGUACCGUGACCAAGCCGAUACGUAUCCACCGGCGGACCUUUUAAACGCCAUGUUUGGUGCAGCCGCUCGAUUCAUGGAGUGUGAAGACUUGAAUCGGAAAAACAAGUCGUCGGAACGUCCGGAAACUGCAUGGGAUGUCCCUGUGGGAUGGUCCGAUCGUUUUUUCGAUCGGGCGCAACAGAUCAUUUGUAUGCCGACAGGAACAUCCAGUAUUGCCAAAGUGCAAGCCAUUAUUCUGAUACACAAUCACAGCGGUAACCUGGAUUCCAAAUCCUCUGCCUGCUGGCUUUUAGGUGGUAUGGCGAUCCGUUUGGCACAAAAUUUCGGUUUAAAUAGGAAUUGCGAACAUUGGGAUAUUCCCGAGAGCGAAAAACAGACAAGAAAAAGAAUCUGGUGGUCAUUGUUGGUAACGGAUCGGUUUCAAGCCGCUUCCCUGGGUCGACCUAUUUCUAUUCGUGACGAGGAUAACGACAUUGGCUAUCCGGAUGCGACGGCAAGCUGGCAGGAAAUUUUGGAUGUGCCUGAUCCAUCUGAUGACGAUCACAGCGGACCGCGAUUUCCAUCGGCCAUGCGGGGCGUACCCAAGAACCCGGAAGGGCGAGCGGAAAUAUAUCAACUUUUUAUUCAACUGGUUAAAUUAUCGGAGAUCCUAGGUCACAUCUUGCAAGGCCUGUACACACCGAAAGCGCAAAAAUUGAGUUAUCAGCAGGGCAGCGAUGCCAUUGUCACUCGACUCGAUCAUGAAUUGACAGAGUGGCGAUUUGGGUUCCCAAAAGCCCUCCAGCAAGCCAAUUUCGACGAUUUCGAUGAUACAAAGGGAUACCUCGCACCGGUCAUAGCCUCCGUUUUGCUGUGUUAUUUCAGUUUGCUGAUUCUUUUGCAUCGUCCGUUUAUCGAGCAAGUCAAGCCUGGGAAACCCAAAGCGCGACCGUCUUACUCGUCGUUUCGUAUCGGUACCAGUGCAGCCACCCGCGGCAUGCGUAUUGCUGGACAAAUGUCACGGCGAGAUUUCCUCAUGUUUCCCUAUUCAUUCAGUUUAUAUCCCGUUUUACAAUGUUGUCUUAUUCUCAUGUACAACACCAAGAACCCUGAUGCUCGUAUUUCCGCACCGGCCAAAGACGAUCUCGCCAAAGGUCUUACGCUUAUCAACAGUCUAAGCACCAUGUCCCAUACCGCCGAGAAACUCAACGGCCUUCUCACGACCAUCAUGAGCAAUAAGGAUGUGGAUGUCAGUGUCAAACAAGCGGAUGCUGAUGCGGACAAGAAAAAGAAAAAUCAGCUGGAUGGUAUCAAGACCAACUUGCCCUCACGUUUGUCGGAUGUAGGUCGAGGCACUCCUAUAAUAAGCAUGCAAUCGUCCCCGAAAGAGGUGCACGCCACCACUACUCCCACCAGCAGCGCCGGCGCGACUGCCACCGCUACCGCGACUCGGUCCAAUGAUGUCUCGGCAACCAACAGCCCCAAGGAACAUCAUCCUUACGCUUUGAACCUUACCAUGGACUCGUUCUUGUUCCAAAAACCCAUGGUCGAUAACGUCAUUCCUCAAUUAAUGGAUUUUACCGGGGCCAUGGGGUCUUCGCCGUCGCCGACGUUAAAUUCCAGCGAAGCAUUCACACUGAAACAGUUUGGAUUCACGACACCGGGCGAUCCCAGUCAAUUAGAUUACACAAUGCAAGAUGUGUCCCUAUUUUCAGGGAUGGAAGCACUGCCACCGAUGCCUAUUUAUGGACAACCGAAUAGUUCGGGGGAUUAUCCUCUGAACAUUGCGCAACCGUCUAUGAACUUGACCCAAAUGAUGUCUGAUCCGAUGCCGUCUUCGGGUGCGAGCGCUUCAGCUGCACCAGCGACGGUGAGUGCAGUGUCGGGUGUGCCCAUGGCAUCCACAAGUAUGCCACAGGAUGCGACCACCAUCUUCCGAAAUAAUCCUAAUAAUCCAUUCUGGGGUAUCCCUUCGUCCAUGGAUUGGACAGAGUGGAACGAAUGGAAUCAACGCACCCAAGGCUCCGCCGCCUGGCAACCGCUUACCUAA